AUGGAUCUACAGGCUUAUAUUGACUUGGGGUCUUCUGAUGAGCAGUGGUUCUGUGACAAAAAUUGUGGGUGGCCUUUUAACUUCACUGAUUCAUUCUUUGAAUCGUCCUUCUCAACUGGGCAGAAUGUAAGCUUAAGCUCUGAUGUCUCUGCGGAAUCUUCUCCUCGCUCUGCUAAUGGCUUCUCUAAGUGCUUACUAUUAAAUACGAGGAGUAUUCGAAACAAGAUCAACGACCUAAAUGCUCUGUUAUUAAUGGACUCCUUUGACAUUGUUGCCUUGACGGAGACUUGGUUAGACAAUGAAUUUGAUGACCGUGAUCUACAUCUUGAGGGUUAUAGUAUCCAUCGUCGGGAUAGACGUGGUAAGCGUGGUGGAGGAGUGUUGCUCGCAACUAAAUCACACCUGCCAUGUGUACGGAGACACGAUCUUGAGGUAAAUGCGGAGAUGCUAGCCUGUGAAUUAAAGACCAGUAAUACACGAUGUCUAUUAUUUGCAGUUUUUUACAGACCACCAGACGUCGAAGAGACGUUCUUGGAUGAAUUCAGGAGAUUUCUCAAUAAAGCUUCUGGUACAGGAAUCGCUGAUUUAAUUAUCACUGGCGAUUUUAAUUUUCCCUGUGUCGAUUGGUCUACUGGAUCACCAACUAGUUUAGACAAUUUGACUGAAACUUUUUGUGAAAUCCUGGAUGACCAUUUCCUCACCCAAACAAACCCUUAUAUCACCCGUCCCAGUGCCACUAAUACCUUAUCAUCUGGUAACAUCUUAGACCUUGUGUUGACGAAUCAUGAAUCACUCAUCGAAGGAACUACUGUGCACCCAAAUGGAUUUGAUUCAGACCAUUUCCCAGUCUGUUUCGCGAUCAAGAAAAAGUUCAACAGGCCCAAAAACAGUCCAAGAUUAGUUUACCGAUAUGAUAAAGCUGACAUUGAUGGUCUAAGAAAUACAUUCUCUCACAUCUUAUGGGAUUCCUAUAUAUCUUGUGAGGACAUUGACUCAGGUACGGCGAAUUUCCAAGAUCUUGUUCUCGCGGCAGUCAAUCAACAUGUACCAAAGAUGAAGCUUAGACGCAAGCCAAGACCUCCAUGGAUAGAUAAAGAGGUCUUAAAGUUAGUGAGGAAAAAGAAAGUCUUGUGGAAGCGUUUAAGGGCCAAUGCUUCUCUUGAG